CUGUUUCAAAUAUCCUAAUGCAUAGCAGUGACAGGUCGGGCACAUGCAAACUGCCCAGAUGGAAGGGUCGAACAAUAACAACAACAAUAAACAGAAAGUUCUUCCUAAAAUCAAAGAAUUAUUCAAGGACCAACGGAAAGAAUCCGAGGGUUCUGUGGACUCCCCAAGCCUGGAGUUUGAAUAUGGAGACACUGACAGCAUCACUGCAGAGCUUUCAGAACUUUACAGCUACACUGAAGAACCUGAAUUUGCCUUAAACAGAGAUUGUUUUGAAGAAGAUUUCAAGACCCAAGUGAAGGACAAGAGAUGGAUAGAACUGGACAUCCCAGACCAGAAGGCCUACAUAAUGAGGCUGCUGGAUGCACUGGAGGUUACUAAUAGAGAUAAAAGGCUGAAGGUGUCGAGGGCCAUUCUCUACCUAGUACAAGGUGUGUUUGGUGAGUGUGAUUGUGAAGUGGACGUGCUCUAUUGGUCUCGUCACAACACCUUCCUUCUCUAUGAAAUGGGGAUCUUCACUGCCCUCUUAGAGCUGCUCAGCAUGGAAAUAGAUAAUAACCAGGCUUGCAGCAGUGCAGUGAGGAAGCCAGCUAUUUCUCUAGCAGACAGCACAGAGCUCAGAGUCCUCUUGAGCAGCAUGUACCUCAUGGUGGAAACCAUUCGCCUGGAGACUGAAGAUGAGAAGACAGAGUGGCAGUCUGUCAGAGAGUCCUUCAGAACAGAACUGAGUACCCAGGUGUACAAUGGAGAACCUUUUGCUCUGCUUCUCUUUACAAUGGUUACCAAGUUCUGCAGCAUGAACGCUCCUCACUUCCCCAUGAAGAAGGUCCUUCUCCUCCUGUGGAAGACAUUGCUGUUUACUCUCGGUGGCUUCGAGGACCUGCAAGCCAAGAAGGUAAAGACCCGGGAGGCGCUGUGCCUGCCUCCCCUCCCUGAGAACAGUAUCAAGGUAGUGCGGAGCAUGAGGGCAGCCUCCCCUCCGGCCUCCGCCAUGGAGCUCAUCGAGCAGCAGAGACGGGGGCGCAGCAGCCGCAGGCCCUUAGUGAAACAGGACAGCCUGGACGCCUAUAAUGAGCGCGACCCAUUCAAGAACGACGAAGCGCGGGACGAUGAGGAGGACAACGACGAUGUGGACAGCGGGAUUGAGGGUGAGGUGGGUCUCCUGGACAGAGACGUCAUCAUCCAGCCCCCUCCCCCUCCCGUCAGACCUCCCUCAGAGAGAGUGUGCUUCCCGAGGGGGCUGCCUUGGGCACCCAAAGUCAGAGAAAAAGAUAUUGAACACUUUUUGGAAACAAGCAGAAACAAAUUCAUCGGCUUCACCCUGGGAAAUGAUAUUGACACCCUGGUGGGGUUGCCGAGACCUAUCCAUGAAAGUGUGAAAACGCUCAAACAGCAUAAGUACGUCUCCAUUGCAGAGGUCCAGAUGAAGAAAGAGGAACAAUUACAGCGGUGUCCAAUGACCUUGGGAGAAGAAGAGGUAGAGGAGAGCCCAAUUGAAAUUCUUUAUCAGGGAAUGUUAUCCAACCUGUCUCAGUAUGUGAUUGCCCUGUUGAAACUUCUGCUUGCUGCAGCCCCUACCUCAAAGGCCAAGACAGACUCUAUCAACAUCCUGGCUGAUGUGUUACCUGAAGAAAUGCCCAUCACAGUCCUGCAAAGCAUGAAGCUGGGAAUCGAUGUGAAUAGACAUAAGGAAAUUAUUGUCAAGGCCAUAUCUGGACUCCUUCUGCUGCUGCUAAAGCACUUUAAACUCAACCAUAUCUACCAGUUUGAAUAUGUCUCCCAGCACUUGGUGUUUGCCAACUGUAUACCGUUAAUACUGAAGUUUUUCAAUCAGAACAUCAUGUCUUACAUCAGUGCCAAAAACAGUGUCUGUGUUCUGGAUUUCCCACAUUGUGUGGUUCAUGAGCUGCCUGAGUUAACUGCUGAAAGCCUGGAAGCUGGAGACAACAACCAGUUCUGCUGGCGGAACCUCUUCUCUUGCAUCAACCUGCUGCGGAUUCUAAACAAGCUAACUAAAUGGAAACAUUCAAGGACAAUGAUGCUGGUGGUUUUUAAAUCCGCUCCAAUCCUGAAACGUUCCCUGAAGGUAAAGCAGGCGAUGAUGCAGCUGUAUGUUUUGAAACUGUUGAAAAUCCAGACCAAAUACCUCGGGCGUCAGUGGAGAAAGAGCAACACGAAAACCAUGUCUGCCAUCUAUCAGAAAGUACGCCAUCGUCUCAAUGAUGACUGGGCAUAUGGAAAUGAUAUUGAUGCCCGUCCCUGGGAUUUCCAAGCUGAGGAGUGUGCGCUGAGAGAGAGCAUUGAAAAGUUCAACAGCCGCAGAUACGACAAAAACCAGAGUACAGACUUCACCCCGGUUGAUAACUGUUUGCAGAGUGUGCUGGGACAGAGAAUGGAGCUCCCGGAGGACUUCCAUUUCAGCUAUGAAAUGUGGUUGGAGAGGGAAGUUUUCUCACAGCCAAUCCAAUGGGAAGAGCUCCUGCAGACAGAAUAAGCAUGGAGUAUCUUUACUUCAAAGUUCAACAUGUGUAUGUCUUUGUUAUUUGUGAAAACAUUUUACAAAACUGGUACCCAAAGCAGUUACUGGUUUGGCUAAUUUAAGGACCCCAAAGAGUGUUUUAAAUUGCCUUAAAGUUUUGUAACAUUUAACAUUUUUGGAUUUUUCCUGGAUUGAAAUAGUACUUUGGCUUAAAACCUUUAAGUCCAGCCCAUGAUAGUGGCAUGUCUCACUUUAAAUUAGUCUACCUUGGUGUGCCUUUGACACACAGGAUUUUAUAUGUUCUUUUUUUAUAUUAUAUUAAAAAAUAUUACCAUUGUUGUUCCUUGAAACAUGUCUGUUUUGAACUAUUAUAUCGAAACCGUAAGUGUUCAUGUCAUAUUGAGUUAUAAAGUAUUUUUCUUACUUACUCUGUGGCUCCCUUAUUGAAUUAAUAAGGGAAUAUUUCAGAGAGGUUUCUCCAGAUAGAAGAGAAUUAUUGUUUGUGUUGGUGCAAUAAUAGAUGUUGUUUCCACAGUAAAUACCUGCUGAAUGAACAACUUGCUGCAAGACUGUGAAGAGGAUUUGCAGUAAUUAGUAAGGCGUUGAGUGGACUUGAAAUGGUUUCAUGACACAAAGUCGAUCAUGCGCCAGUGCACUUAAAUGGAGUUUCAUGUUGAUCUUGUGUGAUUCAACGAUCAUUUCACUUAACUUCUGGCAGGUCAAAGCUAAUUUGUUGACCAGGGUCUGAACUCCCUUUAGUUUGUAUAUGGGGUACACAAAAUUAUAUUUUGUAGUCCUUGGAAGGGACUUACUGGGUUUCAGAGCUGUAACAGGUCUAAUAAAGGGUGGUUACACAGUCUUUCAUUUCAUUUUUCUGUAUCAGCAUGGCAGUUUCCUUAAUUGUAUUUGGUGCCAGUAUCAAAUCAAAUGAUGAUAGGCCAUCACAAUCAGCCUUUGAUAGCUGCAGUAUUUGUAUUGGUGGUGCACUGAGUGACAACAGGGUUUAGCUACCACUAUGAACUUCUGCUUUAAGUGCCUGGGUUCAGUAUAUCAGGCUGUAAGAUAUUACAUAUCCUCACUGUCUGGGCUCAAAGUGAGAGCCCUGGGCUCCAUUUUAACCACUGCUAGCCACACUUUUAUGGCAGAUUCCAUAAAUAAAAUAAGUGCGUGUGUGUGUGUGUGGACACUUGGGAGGGCUGGUGGUUGUGCCUAUAAACAAGCUGAGAGCAAUCUCUUGAACAUGUAACAGGCCUUGGUGAUAUUAUAUGAUAACUAUUUAUUCAAGCAAUGAUUCACAAACUGGUGUUCAGUUCCCAACUGUUAGCAAAGUAUGUAAAUUAUCCUUAUGAAAAGCAACAGCUAUAAAUGUUUAGCUGGUCUUUUCAGAGAAGCAUCAUUCUAAGCAAUAUAGUAUUCCAGAUUAUUUUGUGUAGUGCAUGGUUUAUUUUGCUAGCAGAUUUAAGGGACUAGCACAUGCUUUAAAAAAAAAAAAACACUAGUGCAAUGCCUUGUCAGGAACUCCUUACCACAUGAUGUAGUAUUUUGUCUCGAUGCAAACCUUUCACCAGUCGCAUACUUUGCAUGAGGACAGUGUAGAUAUUACCAUCACUGCAUGCUCAAGUUCUUAAUGAAAUACUGCCAAACCUUUCUACUGUUUUAAAUGUGUUUUUUUUUUUUUUAAGUAAAUUAGUUUAUGUUAAUUAAACUAGCUUGAAUACAACAAACAAAAUACUAUAUUGUCUGAAUAUUCAAGUUUGACCACAAGUCUAAACAUUUUACAGUGGUGUUUUACUAUGUUGAAGCUAUCGUGUGCUGGUGCAGUGUAAAAUUAUUUUUCUUUUUGAGGUGUGGUCAAAGAAAUACUGAACUUCCAUUUCAGUUAUUCUGAUUUUUAUAAUUUCAGUCUUCCACAAUAAAUAACAAUGCAAUAUAGAAAAGCUGUACUGUGUUUUGCAAGUAUUCCCUUCAGACUCGCUGUAUUGUUAAGCAAAACACAUUUUAAAUAACUAGUCUGCCCGCAGAUCAAGUCACCCACAGUAGCUAGCAAAACGUCAUUAAAAAGACAGAGCUAGUUUUACAAAAAAUCCCUGUAUGUUCUCUUAAAUAUAUGGCAGGUAUCACCGUGUAUAUUUCUUAGUGAAUAAUUUCUAUUUAGAAAACUUCUUUGCAAUAUAUUGUUUGUGCUCACAGUGCCACAUUUCAUUUCCAAAACGUUCAGGGUGUUUUAAGACAUUUUGCUGUUUUAAAUCUCAAAUGUGUUAAUACAAAUGUUUCAAAGAUGUAUGAACACUGUUUGACUUAUUGUACCUUUUAUAUAAUGUGAUACUAUACACCGUCGGAAGCAUGUUUUCUUACUGUGUUAAUAUAAUUAUGCAGCUUGGAAAUACUGUAUCAUAUUUAUAUAAAUGUAUUUAUCCUGUUUUUUUAAUUUUUUUAAUUUGUUUUAACACAGUUCA